CGCUCCGCUUCGUUCUCUUCGCCCCGGUUGAGUAGGCCGAGGAGAGCGAGACCCAUGCCCGACACCGCCACGCCCCGCAGUUCCCGACCCAGCCUCCGCCGCUCCUCGCCGCCGGUGGCCGCCGCCGGACAAGCUCCCGGCCCCGAUCUCCUCCUCUCGAGGCAGCGCCCGUCGGGGCCGCGCCGGUCGCGCCCCGGCUUCCUCCUCCCCCUCCCCCCGGAGAUCCAUUCGGAAGGAGCACACAAAAGCUGCACACAGAUUAGAGAGCCAAAGCCAUCAGCGGUGAUAUUAUCCAAAAACACAGGCUGACGCAGUAUUUAACGCCCACCAAUACGCCCGUGCCCGCUCCCCCCUUCUUUCUCUUCAACCUGGUUGAGGAUGGCCGAGAGGAAGAGCGAGAUCCAUGCCCGACACAACGGCACCUCGCAGAUCUACAUUGUUUGGCCUCGAUCUCCUGCUGAGCUAGCCACGGUCGGGGGCGCGCUGGUCGCGCCCCGGCUUCCUCCUCCCCCUGCCAGAUCCAUUCGGGAUUUGAUAAUAAUGGGGGAGAGCAAAUGGAUGGGAAAAAGAUGGGAGGAGAUGGAUACUGAUGUUCUCGUGAAGAUAUUUAAGGAGCUAAACUUGGUUGAGCUAUCACCAGUAUCUCAAGUUUGCCGCUUAUGGCGUUUGGCCUGUUCAGAUCCACUUAUAUGGGGCACUCUUGACUUUGGGCUUCUAAAAUCCAACUUCAUUCAAACAAGAGCAUCUCCAUAUAUUUGGGUUGAUGACAGGUCUGACAAGAGGCUUGCAAAAAUACUACGGGUGGCAAUGGCAAUUAGCCGUGGAAAUGUUAAUUGUAUGAUAUUCCAUUACAAUCUGUACAUGAAAGAUGAACACCUGCAUUACAUCUCACAAAGAUCUCCUCAUCUAAAACGAUUGGUUAUGCCAGCAUGGAACCGCAUCUCAAGGGCGGGAAUAUGCCAAGCUAUUGAAAGGUGGGAAGAGCUGGAGUCCUUGACUAUGCCUACCAUUGGUCAUCCUCCAUAUAUCAUGGAGGGGUUAGCCAAUAACUGCAAGAACUUUAAAGAGCUCAAGAUCAUGGGUUCAUUUGAUCUCCUAUUUGCUUCAGCAGUUACCACAUACCUUCCAAAGCUGAAAGUCUUGAGCCUUCGUUGCUCAAAGGUGACAAUGGGUGCCUUGCAAUGUGUUCUGAACUCGCUGGAGCAUCUUGAGGUUCUGAAUAUUUCCCACUGCCUGCUGUUUGAGAUGGCGACGAAUGGGCGUAGGCAAGUGAUUCAUGAGCUAGAUAACAAAGCUCUCGAGAGAGCUUCCCGGCUGCGGGAGUUCCACCACUGCCAAAGCAGACAAUGCGUUGCAUGCCAGCGAAUGAUGCUGGAUGAAGGUAUCUUGCGGUGGUAUAGGUAUGAGGACUGGUUUUGGCGACGGGAUGAGGUGAGAUCGCUUGAUCUGAAAGAUUAUGGGAGGCUGUUUGGUGCACAGUGUGAGAUGCUGACAUCGGUGGAUUAGAUGCUAAUCGGGAAAUAAACCUGCCUCCUCAUUUUAGAAGCUUGCUGAUGACGAGCCAGUCAUUCGUAAAUCAUAGCAAAGCAUCGGUAAGCUGUAACCCUAGAGAAAUAAUGGCAAUAAUAAUGUGCAUGCAUGGUGGUGUGGAUAGCUUAUGUUGUAAAUGGAUGAAUAGUCUGUCUUGUUUGAAGGUGUUGUUGCAUAUCUGUGGUGUUCAGAAUGUAAAACUCAGAAACAUAUGCUUUGAAGUGAUGUUUGCAUUGGACUUGGAUUCA